CUCCCUCCUCAGCCUCCGGAGUGCUGGGAUUACAGGAAUGGGCGUGCAUCACCAUGCCUGCUUGACGUGCCCAAAUGUGAAAAAGAACAUCACAUAUCCAGUAAAUGAUCAAAUUUCUGCUUAUAGAUGCGUCCUUCUAACUCCCCACGAAAUCUGAUGAAGAAACAGCGUUUGUCUCACUGGGUUUCUCAGUUCUACAGUUGACAAGUGUCGUCUCAGAGGCUAACACGGCCCCACCCCUCAGAACUCCUGUGAACUUGUAUUUGGGUCUAGAACAGAGUUGUCCAGACUUGCUGGUUGCAGCCAAGUGGGGAGCCACUGGCAUUGCAUAGGCAAGGUGCUUAGGUGCUUAGCAGCACCCACAGUGCAUGGAAGAAAAGCUCCCCAGCCGCAGGGGUGCAGCACUGAGGCUGGGGAACCCUAACGUAGAGGCCUCCGAGAUGCAAGUUUGAUUUGUGCACAUAGGCAGGGUGUGCAGCCCCUCUACCAAGAACGCAUCCUUGAAAGACCUGUAUAAGGGCCGGGCGUGGUGGUGCACACUUGUAUUUCCCGCACACGGGAGGCUGAGGGAGGAGGAUCGCAAGUUCGAACCCAGGCUGACCAGCUUAGCAACAUGGCAAGACCCUGUCUCAAAAUCACUGAGAAAAAGGUGGAGGGUAUAGCUCAGUACAAAGGCCCUGGGCUUGAUGCCCAGUACCCCCCCAAAAAAAAAGAGAGAAGAAAGUGACUUGGCUUACACCCCACACGCUGCAUUGUGCCAGGCAGUUUGGGGACAGUCAUGGGCACACGAACGCAGUUGGCACUCCUGCAGGACAGCAGACAGCGUUGCAUUCAGGUUCCCCUGCCAGGCGCCUGCCCCCAGCCGCUCUCCACCAGCACGCAGUGCCCCUGGGCCUGGUCUGCACCCGAGCUCUGUGCGGGGCCUUGGGUAUCAGAACACAGGCAGUGGGGUUGCAGCUGCACUCUCCACGCAGAAGGGCUCUGAGCUCAGCAUCUGGUGCCUGUGGAAGGGAGGGUCAUGGGCCCCACGUCAGCCCCGCUUCCACCCCCAGCGAACUGAGCUGCUGCAGAAGCUCAGCGAAGUCCAGGCAUCAGAGGCCGAGAUGAGGCUGCUGUACACCACGUCCAGGCUGGGCACUGGGGGCCGCAUGUACCACGCCAGAGAGAGGCCUGAUGAGGUGGUGACCCCGGGCCAGGAGAGGAUCAACAGCCUCAGUGGGGCCAACCGCAAGUGCUGCCACCAGCUGUCUGCAGAGGAGCCUGAGUCCUCGGAGGAUUCAGAGCCUGAUGAGGCCCCAGCUUUGGACUUGCCUGGGGCUGGGGACGCGGCAAGUGUGGGGCAGCCUCUGCCAGGCCCUGCUGUGCCCUCUGUGGACGAGAGCCUGGCGCCCCACAGCCAGCCCGCUGCAGCCUCAGCCCCAGCUCCCAGGAAAGCUGCUACCUCGGCCCUGCCUGGACCUCCCGCGAGGCCUGCAGUGUUCGUCCCCGUGCACCGCACUCCUGAGAUACAGGCCGAGCGGCUCAAGCUCCCAAUCCUGUCGGAGGAGCAGGAAAUCAUGGAGGCGGUGGCUGAACACCCUAUUGUCAUCGUGUGCGGCGAGACGGGCAGUGGGAAGACCACGCAGGUGCCCCAGUUCCUGUACGAGGCCGGCUACAGCAGCGAUGACAGCAUCAUUGGCGUCACGGAGCCUCGCCGUGUGGCCGCUGUGGCCAUGUCCCAGAGAGUGGCCAAGGAGAUGAACCUGUCACAGCGGGUUGUCUCCUAUCAGAUCCGCUACGAGGGGAACGUGACCGAGGAGACCCGGAUCAAGUUCAUGACGGAUGGUGUGCUGCUCAAGGAAAUCCAGAGGGACUUCCUGCUGCUGAACUACAAGGUGGUCAUCAUCGACGAGGCCCACGAGCGGAGCGUGUACACCGACAUCCUCAUCGGCCUGCUGUCACGCAUCGUGGCCCUGCGUGCCAAGAGGCGGCGGCCACUGAAGCUGCUGAUCAUGUCGGCCACGCUGCGGGUGGAGGACUUCACACAGAACCAGCGGCUCUUCGCCCAGCCGCCGCCCAUCAUCAAGGUGGAGUCACGGCAGUUCCCGGUGACCGUCCACUUCAAUAAGCGCACGCCGUGGGAGGACUACAGUGGCGAGUGCUUCCGAAAGGUGUGCAAGAUCCACCGCAUGCUACCCGCAGGCGGCAUCCUGGUGUUCCUGACAGGGCAGGCGGAGGUGCAUGCCCUGUGCCGCAGGCUCCGGAGGGCCUUUCCCACCUCCAGGUCACAGCCACCAGGUGUGGGGGAAGACAAGGACUCUGCCGAGGAGAUGCGGAAGUUUAAGAAGUCUCGAGCAACGGCCAAGAAGGCUCGCGUGGAGAUGCUGCCCCAGAUCAGCUUGGACAGUUACUCAGUGCUGCCAGUGGGCAAGGCAGAUGAGGACCGGGAGGCGGAGGCGGACGACGAGGAGGCCCUGGGCUCCGACCUGGACCUGGACCUGGACCUGGGUGACGACGCCAGGGCAGAUGGAGGUGAGCGGCCGGACACCUCGCUGCCCCUGCAUGUGCUGCCACUCUACUCCCUGCUGGCUCCCGAAAAGCAGGCGCAGGUCUUCAGGCCUCCCCCGGAGGGGACCAGGCUGUGUGUCGUGGCUACCAACGUGGCCGAGACGUCCCUCACCAUCCCCGGCGUCAAGUACGUGGUGGACUGCGGGAAGGUCAAGAGGCGCUGCCACGACCGCGUCACCGGCGUGUCCUCCUUCUGCGUCACCUGGAUCUCUCAGGCGGCUGCCGACCAGCGGGCGGGCCGAGCGGGACGCACAGAGCCCGGCCACUGCUACAGGCUGUACUCCUCUGCCGUCUUCAGUGACUUUGAGCAGUUCCCUCCUCCGGAGAUCACCCGGAGGCCGGUGGAGGACUUGGUCCUGCAGAUGAAGGCUCUCAAUAUCGAGAAGGUCAUCAACUUCCCGUUCCCAACUCCGCCCUCCCUGGAGGCCCUGGUGGCAGCUGAGGAGUUGCUGAUUGCACUGGGGGCUCUGCAGGUGCCCCCAAAAACACAAAGGGUGAAGCAGCUGCAGAAGUCGCGCCUGAGCUGCCCCAUCACGGCUCUGGGCAGGACCAUGGCCACCUUCCCUGUGGCACCCCGCUGUGCCAAAAUGCUAGCACUCAGCUGCCAGCACGGCUGCCUGCCCUACGCCAUCACCAUCGUGGCCGCCAUGACCGUGCGCGAGCUCUUUGAGGAGCUGGACAGGCCUGCAGCCAGCGAGGAGGAGCUGUCCACACUGAAGGCCCAGCGUGCCCGCGUGGCACACAUGAAGAGGACCUGGGCUGGCCAAGGGGCCUCGCUGAAGCUGGGUGACAUCAUGGUGCUGCUGGGUGCGGUGGGGGCCUGUGAGUACGCGGGCUGCACGCGCGAGUUCUGUGAGGCCAACGGUCUGCGCUUCAAGGCUAUGCUGGAGGUGCGGCGCCUGCGUGGCCAGCUCACCACGGCAGUCAACACUGUGUGCCCUGAGGCCGGGCUCUUCGUGGACCCCAAGAUGGAGCCACCCACCCAGAGCCAGGUCACCUACCUGCGGCAGAUUGUCACGGCCGGCCUGGGUGACCACCUGGCCCGCAGGGUGCAGAGCGAAGAGCUGCUGGACGACAAGUGGAGGAAUGCCUACAAGACCCCACUGCUGGACGACCCCGCCUUCAUCCACCCCAGCUCUGUGCUCUUCCGUGAGCUCCCCGAGUUCGUGGUGUACCAGGAGAUUGUGGAGACCACCAAGAUGUACAUGCGAGGCAUCUCUGCUGUGGACGAGCGCUGGGUCCCAGCGCUGCUGCCCGCCUUCUGCCAGUUUGAGCCACCCUUGGAGAAGCCCGCACCCACCUACUGCCCUGAGAGUGGGCGCGUGCUCUGCCACCGCACCAGUGUGUUCUACCGUGUUGGCUGGCCGCUCCCUGCUGUCCAGGUGGAUUUUCCCGAGGGCAUCGACCGAUACAAGCACUUCGCCUGCUUCCUGCUGGAGGGGCAGGUCUUCCGCAAACUGGCCGCCUUCCGGAGCUGCCUGCUGUCCAGCCCCAGCACGAUGCUCAAGACGUGGGCCAGGCUGCAGCCCAGAACAGAGACACUGCUGAAGGCCCUGGUGGCUGAGAAGGCCGACUGCCGAGAUGCGCUGUUGGCUGUGUGGAAGCGAAACCCCAAGUACCUGCUGCCCGAGUACCUGCAGUGGCUCCCGCAAGCGAUGCACCCUAACGUGGAGAAAGCCUGGCCCCCUGCCUCUCAGGGCUGACCCGGCCUGGCUCUGGCUGCUGGCCUGGGACCGAGGGGCCGGGACCGCGCCUCCACCUCUGCUGCUGGAGCUGUCUGGCCUCCUGAGUGCGUGGCACCUGCCCUCCGGCUGUUUUUACCCCACGGGCACAAUGUAGCUUCACUUGAAGUCAGGUCUAGUGUGGGUCGGGCUGCAUCAGCCCCUGUGGACGCCCAGGGCCGGGGACUUUGGUAGUCAGGAGCCCCUGGCCCCGCACCCAUCCUUUUGCAGAAGCUUGGCCACCAGGGCCUUCUGGGUGCUGUUGUCCAAGGAGGUGGUGGGGAGCUGAGCAUGCGCAUCCUGGGCCACAAUGCAGGGAGCACUGGCCAGGGCUGCAGGCUGCUGAGCCUGUCAAUGGGUGGCACCAUCCUCAGGCUGAAGUGGAGCUGGGGCGGAGGGCGGUCCCCGAGGAGAGGCGGGACAAGGGGCCCAGGCUGUGUGGGGUCAGGAGACCGGCCGUGCAUGUAGGGUGGGGGUCCGGGGCUCAACAUCAGUGGAGGCAGAGCUGUGACAUAAAAGACCUGCUUCGAAAGGACACCCCAGGGACCCCAGAGCUCAUCUCGGCCUCCAGCUGCGUCCCACAAGCUCUGGCCCCCAACAGCCGCCUCGCCAUGAGGACUCUGUCACUCCCCACUGCUCAGAACCCCCGCGAGGGCCCCAGUGUGGGGCGCCCGGCCCUUCCGCUCCCCCAUGGCUGGACAAACAAAACCUCAGGUCCUUGGCUGAAGCAGAGCCAGCGCGGUGGCCGCUUUCUAAGACACCCACAGUGUGGGCUGCUGUGCCAGUCCAUGGCUCUGCAUGGGCGGCUCUGUCAGAAACCCUCCGAGAUGCUGACGCGCUGCAUUUCCCCAUUCUCAGGUUUCUGCUACCCAGCACCAGGGUAUUUUUGUACCCCUCGGAGAGCUGUACCCAGCAGAGUUUACCCCUCCCGUUCCUUGCUGGAGCCCACCUUGUGUCUGUCUUUGUUUGCUCUGGAUGACUGCAUAAGAGUCCGAACAGUUUGUAACUGGUGCUGUCAUUUCUGUCAUUUGGCCCAUGGUUUCCAGGGUCCACAGGGUGGCGGCGGCAGCUGGGCUUCCCUUGUGACACUGCCACGUAACAGGGCCAGUUCACAGUAGGGUGCGUGAGGUGGGAGCAUCGCCG